CAGACGGGGUCAUUGUGACUGUACUGUUUGUUUAUAAAAGUGUGAAUGGUUUUCUUUAAAGAAAAUGAAAUCGGACAAUUUAGACCAAAAAAUGAACAAAGAGGAGCAAGUCGUGCAGUGCGAUGAUUCAUUAAUAAACGUGAAGAUAUCCGAUGUAUUCACUCCAGUUACUUGUGCUCUCCUCAUAAACGAAAUACUACAGGGUCUCCUGUACCAGAAAUCGCAAAUUCCGUAUCCUUAUAAUUGGUUAAAGUCGGUGGUGGACAAGAAACGUGGAAUUUCAACUUCUGAAGGAACUGCUAGGAAAGUUAAUUUUAAUGCUGCCAACCAUUUCCGUGUAGUUUCUAGUGCUUAUGAUACUUUAGAAAACAUAAUGAAAGGGAUUAUUAAAGAGUUUAGUGAAAGAAAUGAUUUUAUAAAGGAAGUUGUCUUCGUUUUUGGUGCUACACCUGUGUGUCCGAAAGAAAUUUACUCAAUAAAAAUUCCUUCUUUAGCAAAGGGGCAUUUAGAAAGAAACCAUACCAACCCUGUAUGUAAAUAUCGACAAAAAAUAUUAAGAAAUAUAUUUUUAUCACAACAGUGGUUGGAUACUGUGGAUAGUUCAAUGUCUUGUACAAACACUUACAUAUUUUUUAAAACAACCGAAACCUGUAACAGAAGUUCUACUGUUGAUUCUAGAAAUGAUUUUUUUAUACCCAGUCGGCCCGUAACGGUGCCAUCGAAGGCAAAACAUACGAAAAUUAAUUUAAAUUAUGAAGCUAGUGAAAAAAGGAACUGUUGUGACAAUUUUUUCGUAUUCGAAGAUGUUAAUCACAGUGAUGCGAAUCAAAGACGAACUAGUGAAAAUAACCAAGCGCAAGAGACGAUUGUCUGGUAUCAAUCAAAAGACUUAUUUAAAGGUUUUAAAGACUGCUAUAUAAACAAAGUCUCAGCUAGUGAGUUAUGGUAACAUAUUUUAGUUUUUUUUUAGUUAAGUAAAUACGAUUUUAUUGAUAUUAGUUAUUGUUUUUGCAGACAUAACAAAUAUAUGAUUUUUAAUGAAUUUUUUUAUAUGUAUAUCCAGCGUUAAUAUUAACAAUCGAAGCAAAGCAAUAUAUUUUUUUAAUGACAAUUGUAUCUGUUAUUUUUAUACUUACAUAAUUCUAUAUUGUAAUAGUAACUGUAUCAUGUUAUAAAUUUAAUUUUAUUAUUGAUUUUUCUAGUUGUAGAUAUAAUGAUUGGUGAUUGAUUGUGUUUAAUGUAUUAAAUAAUUACGUUUUUAUUAAAUAAUAUAAAGUAGUAUAUUACUUUUAUAUUUUCUUUAGUUCGGUUCCACAACUAUUUAUCUUCUCUACUGUUGAUUAAUGCAGAUUUGUUAAUAGCAAUUUUACUAAAUGAGAUUUUUAAAAAAAGAUGAGGUGUAAGUUACGAUACGUAUCCUUUGUA